UUCAAAUAUUAAUAAAAUUUAAAGUUAAAAGGUGCAACUCGCUCUCUCUAUCUCUAUUAUAUAUCUGGUGAAUAAGAGGGUUAAAAACAGGAUCGAUCGGUGGAUUGGUUUGUAUUUUGUAGUGCGAUUUCAUAUACUAUUAACUAAUAAAAUAAUUAAAGAUGGGUAUGAAAUUUUUGAACAAGAAGGGAUGGCAUACAGGUAGUUUAAGGAAUAUAGAAAACGUAUGGAAAGCGGAACAGAAACACGAUGCCGAACAGCGGAAGCUUGAAGAACUUCGUAAGCAAAUCCGUGAGGAGCGUGAGAAAUCGGAGUUUCGUCUUCUUCAGGAACAGGCCGGUUUACUCCCGAAGCAAGAAAGAUUGGAUUUUUUAUACGAUUCAGGAUUAUCAGUUGGAAAAGGGUCAAAUUCUCAACAGCAAGAACAACCUUUUCCGAUUAAGCCCUUACCUGAACCCUCCUCUGCCAACAACAAGUCCUCUGCCCCAGGGGCGUUAUUUGAAGACAAACCACAGUCUGCUAAUGAUGCAUGGAGGAAACUGCAUACGGAUCCCUUGCUUAUGAUAAAGCAGCGUGAACAGGAAGCACUGGCUCGUGUAAAGAAUAAUCCUGUCCAGAUGGCAAUGAUUCGCAAAUCUGUUGAAGCCAAGAAGCAUAAGGAGAAACCUUCAGAUGGAGAGAAACGCAAAGAAAAACAUCACCGCAAAAAGUCAAAACAUGAAAAGCAUACGUCAGCCAAACAUCGUGUCAACUCUGACGAUGUUGAACAAGAGGAACAGCAAAGAAGCAUCAGUCCCAGUCACCACUCAAAACGUAAGGAUGAUUUCCAAACUGAACGUGGAAGGGUUAGUGACAGACAUCAACUUGAAAGAUAUAAAGGGGAAGACCGUUUUGAUUCUCAAUAUGCCAAAAGAGAUAGGGAAGACCGGAAGAGUCGUCCACCGACCCAUCAUCAAGUAAGUGGUGCCCCUCUUUAUAACCGGCGUAAGGGCACCAGAGUACUUUCUGAAGAGGAAAGAGCUGCAAAGCUUAAGGAGAUGCAAAUGGAUGCAGAUUUACAUGAAGAACAAAGAUGGAGACGGUUGAAGCAGGCCGACGAUGACGAUGCUAAGGAAGUUUCCCAUGCAAGUUCUAGUGGCAGGAACUUCUUGGAUGCUGCUCAUAAAAGUGUUUAUGGUGCUGAAAAAGGUGGCAGCUCCACCAUAGAGGAAAGUGUUCGCCGCCGGAAACAUUAUUCGCAACAAAGGAGCGAAGGAAAUGCUUUUAGGCGAUAGAGUACCAUUAACCUGGUGAGAACGAAUGGGUACAAUCGUCAAAUGAUAGAAAUAUAUCUUGCCUGGGUUGUAUGUUCUCCAGGAAUCUUAGACAGACCACAUGUACUGGUCCAUGUUGUCAUCUUUUACUAAUAGUACUCCGGUUCUGCUAGAUGUGUUCUUAUUAUAUAUUAUUUUCCUGUUUGAUUUGGCAAAA